GACUUCGUGAUGUUUUGUGGCUCAGAAAACAUUAAAAACAAAAUUCUUAUAUUUAUUUCAAGUUGACAGGCUGUCCGCUUUCUUUAUUUUCUGUUAUAUAAUUUAUCCUUGUAGCUGUGAUAAUAAAAAAGUAGUGAAUUGAGUAGCAUCACAUAGCACAUUGACAUCACGAAUUGACCUGAAGUAUUGAAAGGGGCUUAUCAACAUGGUGUUUGAUGUCAAAAGAAUUUACGGCAUAAUACAGCUAUGUCACAGAACCGCAUUAUUAGAUGGCUGUAACAAACAUGGUGUUUGAUGUCAAAAGACUAGAUGUGUACCGGAAGGUGCCCAAGGACCUGACACAGCCAACUGUGACUGGGGCUGUCAUCUCCAUCUGCUGCUGCUCAUUCAUGUGCCUGAUGCUGUUCUCGGAACUGUACAACUUCAUCUCACCUGACAUUGUAUCAGACCUGUUUGUGGACAACCCUGGCAACCUGUCUGGCACCAUCAACGUUCACUUGAAGAUCUCCCUACCUCGCCUCAAGUGUGAAUAUGUGGGUCUGGACAUUCAGGACGACCAGGGUCGCCACGAGGUAGGCAUGGUGCAGAACACAGAGAAGACGCCCAUUGUCGACGGAAAGGGCUGCUUGUUCAGCGCUGACUUCCACAUCAACAAGGUGCCAGGCAACUUCCACGUGUCGACUCACUCGGCGGUGCGCCAGCCGGCCAGUGGAGCCGACUUCGCGCACGUCCUGCACGAGCUGCGCUUCGGCGAGCCGCUGCCGUCGGCGGCGGCGGCGGCUCUGAGGGACGCUAGCUUCGGUCCGCUGGACGGCCACCGGGCGCUGGAGCACCCUGCUGCCUCUGCACACGAGAACCUGCUGAAGGUAGUGCCGACCGUAUUCGUGGACUUGUCCGGCCGCGAGGUGGUCAGCUACCAGUACACCUACGUCUCAAGGGUGCGGCAGCAGCUCGGUCGGUCGCCGGCCAUUUGGUUCAAGUACGAGCUGAACCCGAUCACAGUGCGCUACCACGAGCGGCGGCCCCCGCUCUACACGUUCAUCACGUCGAUAUGCGCCAUCGUGGGCGGCACGUUCACAGUGGCCGGCAUCAUCGACUCGGUCAUCUUCACCGCCUCAGAGGCCUUCAAGAAGUUCGAGCUCGGCAAACUGUCGUAACCUCCAUGUCAGGUCGGUCGGACUUGAAAACACUGGGAUGGGGUGGGGUUCGAACCCAACCGCCCGGGCGGCGGUACGCCGAUAGCAUAAGUUUUGGUAGUGAUUUGACAAUCUAGAAUCUAGAUAGUGAGGCAUUCCAAAAAGCGUGAAUGAUUUAGCCAGUGGAUUCACCCUAGGAUUCACCCAAGCAUCAGCUUAGGGUGAUGCUGUUCUUUGGAUGGUGUGUUUCUGUGUGUUGAGAUGAUUUUAGGUGAAUUGGUGACGGGUAAAUUGUGAAACAUAUUGCUUGUAUUCAGGUUAUGUUUUUGCAGCAGCGCAGCUUAUCGCCUAGCGAAGCAGUUUUGUACAAAAGCCUGGGUUCGCUUACAUCCAUGCCUAUGAGGCUAUGCAAGUAUGUAAAGCGAUCUUGCUGCGACUUGUCUGACGAGUCGUUUGCUGAACGCGAACUCCUAAGACUAGUGUUUAUCGGUGGUCAGGAGAACCUGACUGGUCAGUGGCAGUCAGGGCAAGCUGACAAGCUGCUCUGCAGUAAAAUGAUCCCGAGAAUCACUGUUUUGUCUUCCCGGGUAGAAUAGAGAUGCUCUGGUCUUGCUGGAGAGCGCUGUACCUGGGCUACUGCAGGGAAGCAUUCCAGGGUCGUUAUUUUACGCUACGUGCAAUAGCGUGACGUGUUAGCUAGUGUACCUCGGGACUAGCUUCUACUAACCGUAGGUUGGUUUGAAUGCUGAGAUUUUUUACGCCUUUGGCCUUGCAGCUAGGUGGUGAGCUUGUCGUGUAAGCUCGACUGGGGAUGGAUAGAUUUGACACUAGCUGCUCGCCGGUACUUAUUUCCAGGUGUAGUGAAGCAGGGUGCUUGGUAUUUGUUUGACAUUGCCCGUUGUCUGGGACUCUGGUUGAGGCUUUUAGUUGAACGGUGGGGUUGUGGGGAUAAUUACAGCAUGUCACUGCCGAGCGGUUAUUUACAACUGACAUUGCGAUUUUGAUAACAACGUGUGCCUUGCCUAUAAUUCCAAUGUGAUGCUUGUUACGGUUUCAGAAUGUGAAAUAUAUUUUACAUGACGCGGUUA